AAGCCCCAGGGCACUGGGGUUUUGGGUGCUUCUUUGUACACAUAUUCAUCUUUUUGUGGACAUCUAUUUUGCCUGAUGUAGGGGAGGGCCACUCAUAGCAGUGACUUUUUUCAUUUUACACUCCUUUUCCCUGUUCCCCUUUCCACAAUAGCUGCAAUGUAACGUUCCAGUAGAGCAAGGCUUUGCAAAUUUGGCUCAAUGAGACAUGGAGCAAACAGCUUUUCAGAGAGCUUCAACUCAGCUGUCAGAAGGGGCAGUUUGGUCUCUGUGCAAGCAGUACUCACAUUCCAAACUGCAUUAGGGAAAAGCUGCUGGGUCUUUAUGCAUUUUUAUUAUCAGUUCCAGAUUAGGAAUCUGAUACUAAUUUUUCCUUAAAGCCUGUGUUUGGAGUACAGCUUAUAUUCUAAAACAAAAUCAGGAUUGUGAUGUUUUUCUCUCACUAGCUUGCUCUUUUUUUGGUUUGCUUUUUUUUCCUCUCCCUGGCUUUACUCCAAGGACCUUUUCUUCUUUUUGUUACACUCUCGAGAUGAAGCACCGGAUGGUUACAGCAGUGCUGGUAGCACUGGUACAGGUUUCACAGAGUUUCCCUGCCUUGUACCACCGAGGCUGGUGGAGGCUCCUAAGGGAAGGAGAUAGCUGUGGAAAAUGUGAUUUGGCACUCUGCUCUGAGCCCAAGGACUGUCCAGCCGGGGCUGUGCUGGAUCGCUGUGGCUGCUGUCCGGAAUGUGGGAACGUGGAAGGUCAGACCUGCGACUUGGACCAGGGCAAUCAUUUUUAUGGGCAGUGUGGGGAUCACCUCGAGUGCAGGUUGGAUGCUGAUGAAGCAAGGUUUGGGGAAGUCCCUGAACCCCAGUGUGUGUGCAAAUCUCAAGAAAGCAUCUGUGGACCUGAUGGGAAAACCUACGAAAACAUCUGUCAGUUCAACAAGGCUUACGCUGCGAAAAGAAACAUCAACAUGAAACAUAAAGGGCCAUGUGAAUCAGCUCCUGUUAUUUCUAUGCCACCUCAGGAUACCCAGAAUUACACUGGCAAUGAUGUCAUUUUUGGCUGUGAGGUGUCGGCCUAUCCUAUGCCACAGCUUGAAUGGAAAAAAAAGGGGAAUAAAAUGUUUCUGCCAGGAGAUGACACCCAUGUCUCCGUUCAGGCAAGAGGUGGGCCUCAGAAGUAUGGUGUGACAGGCUGGCUGCAGAUUCAAGGCCUCAAAAAAUCAGAUGAAGGCAUUUAUAUCUGCUACACCAAAAAUAAGCAUGGUGCAACAUAUGCCUCUGCAAGAUUGAAAGUCAUUGAUGGCCCGUCUCCUGCAUUUGCAUUUACUGCUGGCAGUAGAAGCGCAAGCUACAGCAUUGAAUACGAGGAGUAUUAUGACAAUUCUGAUGACGAAGAUGAUGAAGAAUAUGAAUCCGGGAACUACGAUAAUGAAAACAAUUCUGAAUAAUAAUUUUUGUAUAUCUCUUGUGCAAAUCCUUCCACACUGUUAUAUUUACCAGUAGUCUCUGUUCUGAAAAUGGCUCUUCUGAUAACACACAUACUCACUUUUGUAUCCACCCUCCUGAAAUGCAGCUUUGGAUGAAGUGUAUCAUGCUACUCACCAGAAAUAAGAAGAAGAACAGUUGUAACACCAUGUAUUUAGACUAUUAAAUGAAAUGCUUCAGUGUGCACCUUUCUACUAAGUAUGCCAAAGGGAUACAAUUUUAUAUUAAUUUUUAAAUUAUCUUGUAAUUUCUUUCACAUAUUCUAACUUGUUGAGCAAAAAUGCCAAUAGUUAAACAAAAUUUUUAUUUUGUAUCAAUUUUCAUUUUUUUGGUAAAGUACUAAGAAAUAUCAAGAGAUGGUUCACAUGGCAACAAGCCUAAGUAAGUAUGGAGGUUGCAAACUGUCUUUAAUUUCCUUAGUUCAUGUUUUCUUGAAAGUUUCAGCAGGAUUUUCCUUCUCAUUUGAAAUUUUCUGUAUUUCACAAAGGUAAAUUAUCUGUCUUUUGGGGAAUGUUUUUCUUUACUGUUAAUAGAUACGUGAAGCAAUCACAGUCUAAAGGCAGUAAGUACUGUUUUACAGUCAAUACUCAAACACAGCCAGAAAAGAUUCCUUGUGCAUUCAAACCUCUGAGCACACCUUUGGGCUCUUUCUUGUAACAGCUCCUGCAUUGCUCCCCACAGCAACAGCUCCCUCCCAGCAGCCUUGGAGCAGUUCAGGGUUUGGGAUCGUGAUCUCCCCCCUCAACAGGAUGCUGGUUGGUGGGCAUUCCUGCAGUUUAAAGGCAGCAGCUGCUCUGUAGCUCGAUGCAUGCCCUUCAAAAACACAGGAAUUGCACUCUGGAGCCAGGAUCUGUGUUUUGUCUGGGGCUAUGAACAAGUUGCUCCUAUCCCUGAGCUAUCAGCAUUGCCAGGCUGCUGAAAGAGCAGCAAACUACCAGAACACAUGAACAUUUUUCCAACUGACCCAUGAACCAGACAUCAAAGGAGUUGGAGUAAAAAGCACAGCACUUCCAAGGGCUGAGUGAGCACCCUGAGAAAUUUCUCCAAUUGCUUUUUUUAACUAAUGAUAUGAAGGCUGGCUCUGAGUUAAUGGGUAACGGAAGACACCAACCCUGCACUUACACCUUUGGUUCCCACUGGCUGAGGGCAGAUGAACAGCAGUAAAUUACUGAACAUGUUCAGGACUAAGGCAGCAGAAGCUCAGGCACCUGCAGGGAAAGCCUGGCUAUGAGCAGGCUCCUUGGGCUGAGGCACAGCUCCAUGCAUGAUCCUUGCACACACAGAGUUGCCCACCAGCUGGAUUCACGAUGACAGGAGCCUUUAAGGGCACUGUACACACACACUGUGUAGGAUUUUUAAUGCAUACACACUGCCUCACAAAUUCUUCUUUUAAUGUGCUAUUUAUGCCUUUUUUUGCUAGCAGAAAGAUUUUUCUUUUCAAUUUGAAAUUCUUUAAGAAAUUAGCUAUAGACAGUGUUUGCCCUGAGGUAUUAUUGACCUCUGUCCAGCAAACAACCAAAGAAUAAUUUAUCUCAUUUCAGGCUUCAUGGGGUAUUGUCAGCUUAUGAGAAGAAAGUGUGUCAUUGUGUUAUUGAAAAAGAUUAAUUAGUUUUAAUUAGGAAUAGGAAGUGGCUUCAUAUUUAAUUACUGAUUUUAUUUUUAUGGAUUCUUCCUGAUCUUCUUAGUGAUAUAUUAAUAACUUUUUUUGCUUAUCCACUAUAUAUUAACUUUAAAUUAUCUGAUAGAAAUGACUGAUUACUUUUUAUGGAACUAUUUAAUAUGCAGACAUAUCGUCAAGAUCAGUUGUGAUCUGCAUUGCAAAUUAAUGAAUUAGAUUACUAAAGUAAUCACUAAAUGGUGGCAAUAUAGAUUGGUAUGAUAUAGUACAUGGCAAGAAAAUAAUCUUGAAAUCAUUAGCCAUAGAAAGAAAUAAGAAUUCUUCAGGGCCUUUUGCUGUUGUUAAUGGAAAAUGAAAAACAGAAAGAAAAGAAUGUUUGAAUGAGAAAAUGUGCAGCAGAAUUCUAGCAAAUACCUGCAAGUGUUUGUCCUGAUGGAGUUUGUGUAUUUAAGAAAAGCUAACAGUCCCAAAACAAAGAAUUCUAAAUUAAAUACA